CACGCAUUACCAGAGUAUAAAAACGAGCACCAAAAUAUCUCUGCCUCUCUUUGCAUUCAUCACAGCAAUACAACUACGUUGGGAAAUGGCCACUGCAGGGAAGGUGAUUAAAUGUCGGGCUGCUGUUGCCUGGGAGCCCAAUGCGCCUCUGAUGAUGGAGGAAAUAGAAGUCGCUCCACCUCAGGAAGGAGAAAUACGAAUUAAGGUUGUAGCUACAGGUGUUUGUCACACCGACCUUUACCACCUGUUUGAAGGGAAGGACAAGCGGGGUUUUCCCUCUGUCCUGGGACAUGAGGGCGCUGGUGUGGUGGAGAGUGUGGGACCUGGAGUCACUGGUUUCAAACCAGGUGACAAGGUCAUUCCACUCUUCCUCUCUCAGUGUGGAGAAUGCAAGUUCUGCAAGUGUCCAAAAACAAACCUGUGUGACUGCAGCUGGUCAAGUAAAUAUCAUGACAUUAUGUCUGACCCUACAACACGUUUCACUUGCCGUGGUCGGCCCAUUCUGCAGUUCAUGGGCACCAGUACUUUCUCUGAGUACACCGUCAUCAACCAGAUUGCCGUAGCCAAGAUUCAUGACGAUGCGCCGCUCGACCGCGUGUGUCUGCUCGGCUGCGGCAUCUCUACUGGUUAUGGAGCUGCUGUCAACACAGCUGGGGUUACACCAGGCUCAGUGUGUGCAGUGUUUGGACUGGGUGCAGUCGGUCUGGCUGCAGUCAUGGGCUGCAAAAACGCUGGAGCCUCUCGCAUCUUUGCUGUGGAUAUUAAUGAGCAGAAAUUUGAGAAGGCAAAGGUCUUCGGUGCCACUGAUUUUCUAAAUCCGAAGGCGUAUAAUAAACCCAUCUCUGAAGUACUGGCAGAAAUGACCAAUGGAGGAGUGGAUUUCUCACUCGAGUGUGUGGGCAACACUGAAGUAAUGAGAACUGCACUGGAGUCCUGUACUAAAGGUUGGGGAGUGAGUGUUUUGGUUGGCUGGACUGAUGUGAAGGAUUUUUCUGCACGGCCAAUUCAGCUCAUAUCUGGGAAAACAUGGAAAGGAUCUCUAUUUGGAGGAUUUAAGAGCAAGGACUCGGUUCCAAAUCUGGUUCGCGACUACAUGACCGGCAAAAUAAAGCUUGAUGAGUUCAUAACCCACAAAAUGAAUCUGGAGCAGGUCAAUGAUGCAAUCAACCUCAUGAAGACUGGAGACUGCAUUCGAUGCAUCCUGAAUAUAUCCAAAUGAGAAGCAAAUCGUCUUCACCCAACCAGUUUCUAGGCCACAGUUAUAUUUGGCUUAUUCGCUUCUCCCUCUUUGCAGUAUUUGAGUAACAGCUGGGUCCAUUCAAGGAUCCUCUUUGAUAGCAUAUUCCAGCCCUCUGCUUUAUUAAGUGAUUCACAAGUGCAUGUAAACAUUAAUGUUUAACAUCAAAAACAGUGCUAUUCAUCUGCAAGGCAAAAUGCUUCUAAAAAAAGUUCAGCAAGAAAAUGUUGUCUGUGCCAAAUAAAAAAAGAGACAAGCAUAUAAAUCAUUUCAAAUGGUUUUGUGUAACCAAUUUAUGAUGUCGUCAAAAUAGUUUAUUUCUCUCCUCUAAGCCAGAGUCUCUAGCAUUUGUCUUGGUUACAUAACCAUCAUGGGAAUGUUGGGAAGCACCACAAAAUAUGCAGCUGCACCCUGCAGCUUAAACCCAAACACUGAUAAUCAUGCUAAAUGCUUUACAUCAUGUUUUUCUCAAAUGCAUUCUUCAUAUCUGUCUAUCUUGGCUGGUCAAUUUGGUCUUAUGCAGAAACCAUUUUUCCAGACUUUUCUAAAAAAUGUUUUUAAGACAAACUCAUGGAAAUAGAUUGCUCAGCCCCAAUGCAGACAUAUUCAAUGCCAUUUUAAAAUAAUGAAACUAUUUCUGAAAGGUGUAGAUGAAACUAAAGGUAUGAAUCUUGUACUCCAGUUCUGUCUUAAUAAAAGUUAAAUGAUGAACCUC